UAUUGCAAAUGGAGUAUAAUCAUCCGAAGGUUGAUUGCCUUCCAAUUAAUGAUAUAUCCUAACUUGUUGAGCAGUCGAAGUGUUGUAUCAACAUAGGUGGGAUCAGUUACUUGGAUAUGAUUGGUGGGUUUUCUGUGUUGUUUCUGAGGCGCAGCAAGAAAUAAAAGGAAAACUAAAUCCAAUUGUUACACUUUUUCAUUUCCCGGAGCAGCUUGCUUGUUUACAAUUUAUUUGCUCUUGUAGGUGGUUCUAAGGAAAGAUAAAAAAAAAGAACUAGUGGGAAUUGACAAACAAGUGGAGGACAUGAUGGACUUACUUGAUUUAGAAGUCAGUGAUGUACGAAUAGUUGGAAUCUGGGGGGAGGGUGGGGUCGGCAAGACGACUCUUGCCAAGGUCAUUUAUGAGCAAAUUUCCUCUCGUUUCGACAGUUGUAGUUUCCUUGCAGAUAUUGGGGCAACAGCGAAACAACUUGGAGGUGUUCGGCGUUUGCAAAGCAAGUUGAUGUCUGAUAUCCUAAACCGAGAAUACGAGGUUGAUCAAGUUGCGAAAGGAAUCGACUUUUUUAAAGGAAUAUUGCGGAAUAUGAAAGUCCUAAUUGUUCUUGAUGAUGUGGAGGUACAGUCGCAUCUCCACGAAAUUGUUGGAGAGAAGCUUGAUUGGUUUGGUUAUGGAUCUAGGAUAAUUGUCACCACUAGUAUCAAAUCUGUUCUUCCAGAAUUCAUACCUCGAGGGUUGGCUCAUGUUUACGGUAUCAACGUGAUGAAUAAUGAUCAAGCUCUUGAGCUUUUGAGAAAGCAUGCACUGCCAAGAGAAUUUUCAAUUCUAUAUCUUGAUGAAAUUCCAAACGGUAUAAUGAACUCUGUGAAUGGGAUCCCAUUACUUGUUGACGUAAUUGGUUCACUCUGGUACGGAAAAAGAAGAGAAGAACGGGCUGCACUUGGGAAGCUAAUUUUGCAAUCUGGCCAGGAUAUUGAAAAGAUUUUGAUGGUUAGUUACAAAGAAUUGAGCAAAGAGCAAAGAGAGAUAUUUCUUGAUAUUGCAUGCCUCCCUGCUGAUGUGGAUGGUCGAAUUGCUUCAUUUAUGUGGCAUAAUCCCAAUUUUCGCCCCUGCGAUGGAGUUGAUGUGCUCCAUGUCAUGUCCCUGGUAAAAAUUGGAAAAAAUCGUGAACUAGGGAUGCACAGGCUGUUAAGGGAGUUUGGCCAACAAAUCAUACGAAAAGAGGAUGAUCUAGAUCCAGGAACGCGAGGCAGGUUAUGCAAUUUGGAAUUGGCCUGGAAAACAGAGAAGGGGACAGACCACCUCAACUUUGAUGCGAGAGAUUUUAAGAGCAUGCCGAACAUAAGGUUUCUUAUCUUGGAUUGUGCAAAAGUUGUUGGUGAUUUUGCCAAUGUUUUUCCAAAUUUGAAGUGGCUUAAAUGGCAAGGAUGCACCAGAGAUUUUGAAGCUACUAAUUUUCAUGUCGAAAAAUUAGUCAUUCUUGAUCUUUCAUGGAGCAAAGUCACUGAAGACUGGGGAGGUUGGAGAAAAAUCAAGAUGCCGCAGUUGAAAGUCUUGAAUCUUGCUGGUUGUGCUGACCUAUUGAUAAGCCCCGACUUGUCCUCUUUCCCAGACUUGGAGAUAUUGAUUCUCGAACGAUGUUCUCGACUAAUGAAGUUAGAUCCUUCCAUCCGUCAUCUAAGAUGCUUAACUACCUUAAAUUUGAGGUUCUGCGAUGAACUCAAUAUGUUGCCAAUUGAUCUGGGUCACAUGAAAGCUCUUAAGGAGCUCCUUAUUGAUGGGACUUCGGUACAAGAAAUUCCUAUGUCAAUGGGUUACAUGGAGAAACUUGAGAUUUUUAGUGCUUCCAACUGUCUCCAAUUAAGUCACCUGCCUGAUUCAGUUCGUGGCUUGACAGCUCUUUCAGUACUCUCACUGGAAAAUGCAAAAAUUACUCGAAUCCCUGCCUCAGUUGAAAAGCUGGGGAAACUUCGGAUCCUGUCUCUAAAGGAUUGUCGUUGGAUAGGAAGACUUCCGGAUUCAAUUUGCAAUUUAAGAAACUCAUUAGAGGAGUUGGAUAUAACAGGGACAGGCAUAUCUGAAUUGCCCAAUUCAAUUACUUGCUUGGGGCGUUUAAAAGUGUUAAAGAUGGAUUCUUGCUUCAUUAGGGAAUUGCCUAGAGAAAUUGGAAAUUUGGUCAACCUUGAAGAGUUACAUGCUUCCCAUUGUAGGAGUUUGAAGGGAGCCAUUCCAACUGCUAUUAAGAGUCUAGAUCGUCUGAGGAUACUGAGAUUGGGACAUUCCAGUAUUUCUGGCAUUCCUUCGGAAAUUGAAAGUCUUUCUUGUCUUCAGACUCUUGAUUUACUUCGGUGCAACGAGAUUCAAGUGCUGCCAGAGCUUCCCUCCAGUUUAACUUGUCUACGUGUGAGUUCUGAAAGGAUGGAGGCCUUGCCAGAUCUUAAGGAUUUAGUGAAGUUGGAGGAGAUAUGUCUGAGUGAUAAAGAUCCUAUGGAGCUCAUAUGUCCCUUAACACGGAUGGAGCCAAAAUCCAGAUCGAGUGAUUUCUUAGUUGUGUGCAUAGUACUUCCGAAACUGAAGAUGUUAGAGUUGUCUUAUUCUCGAGUCAGUGAACUGCAUCUUGGGAUUGACCGAAAAGAAGAAGAAGUGCAACUUAGGCAUGGUUCCGCGUCAUGUACACAUCUUAAGAAGCUAGUUCUAUCUGGUGUGAAUCUUGAAAAUGUGCUGGAACUUCCCUCGUCGUUGUCUGUUUUAUCUAUUCGACAUUGUUCGUCUUUGAGACAAUUGACAGCAGUUCACCAUCUGAGCAAACUAUCAGAACUAAAUAUUACCCAAUCUGCAGUAGAAAAGGUUAAGGGGCUUGGAGGACUAAUUGCCCUGGAAAUCUUGAAUAUAUCACACUGUGAAAUACGUAAUCUCAAUGGGCUUGGCCAAUUAACAAAUUUACGAAGUUUGAUUUUGUCAGACUGUGAUUCGCUUGGUGGAUUGCCCGAUAUAUCAAACUUGAAGAUGUUGAAUGUCCUAGUAGUCCAAAGAUGCAGGAUGAUUUCUGAUAUUGAAGGGCUCAUGGAGUUAACCUCCUUGGAAGUGCUGCAUGUUAGUGAAUGCGAGGCAGAAAGCACACAGCAAGUACAGGAUGCAUCAAAGCUCGUGAUGGAACGUUCAAUAAACAGUUGAUGUCCCGUGCUCCUGGAGUGGACAUUCAUUAAUUUACAUGGCUCUUCAGACACAAUCAAAACCAUACAGCUGUGGAGGGCGACAUCAUUGAAGUCCACUGAGAAUUGAGUUGGCAAACUGGCGCCAAAAUUGCUGGAGCUGCAAUUUGAAAUCUGGCACCAAAAGUUUUUUGAGUCCUUUUAUCUAUCAAACCAUGUGCCAUGAACAAGCACCCUUGCAUGACCUCACAGGUCAUCAGAUCCUUCAUAUUCUUCUCUCCCUCACCAAUCCAUCUUUCUGUCCAGUCUCUCAGUCAACUGGCGACUUAGUCGUUUCCUGUAAAUUUGGAAUGAUCUAACUCCAAAGAUAUCUGGAAAAUCUGGAGGCACUGCAAGGAAUUUUCUUGUCUCAAAGGCAUCUCCAAUUCUUAGACGGUAUACAAAAGCACAAUAUCAGGGGCACAGUUGGUAGCUCUCACAUGUGAACGAACCCCCCAUACAGCUGGUUGUCUGGCAUGUCAUGCAGGAGACGUAGAUACAAAUAUUGCGUUUAGUGCGAGACAUGCUCAGUCGAGGUAAUAAUUUUCUCCUGAGGUUUCUCAUCAUAAACAGGUGUCUAUAGUUCCCAAAUUUACAAUUCAUUUGACUGUAAGAAGUGCACCUCUUUUGCUCAAGCUCAGUGGGUAGUUAAGAAAUGCACCUAUUUUCCAAUGAUCUUUUACUCAUCACCCGUGGAGAAAGACUCAUGAGCCUUGUAUGUUUCAUACAGACUCUUCUUCAUGGAAUGAUGUUGUUUCUUGGGUUCAGAUUAAUCUGAGAGGCAACACUAUACAGAUUUUAGUCUUUAAACUUGCCCAGAAUGCAUGAGUUUAUUACAGUUGGAGAACUCGAAAUUAUCGGUUCCAUUGUCCUGGGACUCACAUUUGUAUUGAGAACAUUUCAAUUGUUUUCUUGCUGAUGUAAUGCGUAUGACACACCCGAGAUGACAUGGAUGCCCCUCUACUCAAAUGAAAGCAUCCUCACAAUAACUACCAAAAGUGACAUUUAUAUCAAAA